UGAGCAUUGAGGAGGACAAGGGCCCUAUCUGUCCCUCCAGCUGGGUGGACAAACCUCCAGGGCAUUCCUGCAUUUUAGUGCCCAUUUUCUUUGUGUCUCCAUGUUGCCUCCAUGCAGACAAAACACUCUGUUGGGGCUUAUUUCCGCCUCUGCUAGAAAUGAGAAGUGCUGGAGGAGAGGAGGAGGGCACAAAGGCUGUGCCGACAUGUCCCAUCACUGCUUGCUCACAGCAGAAAACCUUCUCACCUGCCAGGAGCUAUCACUAGACAAGGCAACACUGGAUGUUUUUUGACCCUGAAAAUGAACUUUAGGAGGAUUUUCCUAGUCAAGUGCUUGCUGCUUUUAUUUCCCACUGUAAAAUGCAUCAGCACCAGCUGGAUUUACAAGGCAGUGAAUGAGACAGCUCUUCUCAGCAUCACUGCUCCUGGGAACAUCUAUGAGGCAACAUGGACUAGAGGGGGACAAAGGCUGGUUCAGAUCAAAGAUAACAAAACUAAGCACUUUGUGAACAAGGAGCAGUGCAGGUGUGCCAUACUCCGGAAUGGGACUCUGCAAAUCCAGCGUGUGGAGAAAGUGGACAGUGGAAACUACACGGUGAUGGUUUAUCAGAAGGAUGGAAAACUGAAGGCGGAAGAAAAUGUCAUAUUCUUUGUUCAGGAACCUGUCCCUCAGCCAGUCCUCAUCGCUGAAUGCAGGAAUAAAAGUGUAUCUGUCAAGUGUGAAGCAAAACAGAAGGCCAAGAAUGAAGCAAAAGAGAAGGGAAAGGAUGAAGCAUUUACAAUAGAACUGACUCAACCCAAUGGCAAAAAAAUCCAAAAGAAUGCAACAGUGCUGGAAUGGCACGGGUGGAAUUCAGGGACGUUCCGAUGCGUUGCUAAGAACCAAGUCAGUGAAAAAAUGACUGAAAAAGCAAUUAAAUGCUCAGGCAAGAUGGACUUUUAUCUCAUCUUAGGCAUAGCAGGAGGUGCAGUCUUCUUUGUCAUCUUUGUGAUUUGUCUUAUUUAUUGUAUCAGAAGGAAGAAAACAAAAAGGAAUGAAGUUUAUGAGGAGGAGCGAGUGAUGCAGACUCUGCCCAUGGACCGUGAGAAUGGGAUGCGGGAGCUGUCUCAGCCUCCAUCCAGGCCCACCCCGAAGCAGCUGCGAGUGCAGCAGCGGCCGCUGCCCCCGCAGCCCCAGGAGCCCCAGCAGCCACGGCCCCAGCCACGGCCCCGCACGCAGCCACGGACUCCAAACCUCCCGAGACAAAGGCCCUGAGAGACAUCCUGGGAGGAGGGAUGCUGGUCUCUGCUCCACCAUUCACUGGGAAAAGAAAGUUCCUGACAGCCAGGAGCCCCUCCUGCCCAGCCCUGUGUCAUGCUCAGCUAUGAAAAGGCAGCUUUCAUUGCAGAAGAUUAGAGACAGCACCAAACGGAGACGAGAAGACUCAAGGUGAUGGGCAUUCAUCCCUGUGGCCAUUUUUCCAUGGGUGUCUUCAUGUUAGGAUAUGGAGCACUCAGGCCUAAAACUGUGUCUUUCUGUGGUUCAGUUGUUUUCACUGCACCUUGUGGUCUUCAUGCUUUUUGGAUGGUUUUCACCAAGAAGAAGCUAAAGCUCUACUGAGACAAAACAGACCUAUGGAUUUUACACAAUUUCAUCUCCUGCUACACAGUAGGACAGCUCUCUGGCUUCAGCAUCAAAUACAUGGCCUCCUGGAACAAAAAUUAGUUGUAUGUAAUUAAAUAUUUGUAAGAAGUUGAAAGGAUUCUUGUCAUAUAAUGCAGAGAAAAAAAUAUUGAAAGUAUGUGUGAGAACCUUGAAGGACCUGUGUCAGAAAAACACAAAUGAGAAAGGGAGAACUUUUUCCUUUUCUUCAUUUCCCUUUCUCCACUGUGUUUAGAAAAGAAACUGUAGGCUUGAAUUGCAGCAGUUAGGUCAGUAUUUUGUUUUUAAUGAAACACUGAGAGUGAUUUCUGGGAGAGGUUCUCCAGCAUUGGGGUUUCAAAGAGUGGGUGAGAAAACAUUCUGUGAAGCCUUUUUGUUCUGAUCGUGCUACACAGCUUCUUCAGGGACAGUUUCAACUCAGUUUUCUGUGACUUUUAGGCAAAUAAAACAAACCUUUAUUAGUAGCAUAA